GGUGUGUACUCAACAGUAUUUGAUCACCCGUUGGAUGAACAAAACGCUUCGUCGAACGCAUUCUCAGUCGACGAAGGAACGUUCUCUCGCGUGGUUCCCAUCUACAGGUGUGCGAGUGAUCAUCUCCCUUAGACGAGAGUGUAGCCAUCCAAGUAUGGGAGUCACUCACGCCAGCAGUCUAUUCGUCGUGCUCGCUGUAUUUCUGAUAACAGUGGAAGGAGGCGAUAUAAUACGCAAGAGUAUUGUUUUCGACAAGAACACGCCGGACGUGUUUUAUUGUCCUCAGCACAAGCCAACUGGAUUUGAAAAAAUGAUCGUAAAAGCGAAACCUUUAUGGAGGCUUUGUCAAUUUGAGGGUAAACCCAUUCCAGAAGAUUAUAAAAGCGACUGUUACAAUGAUGUCGACGAAUCGGAGUACGCUUGUAAGGAAAAAUAUAGAAUUAUGAAACGAAUCAAAAAUGCGGAGGGAGACGCAAAACCCAUUGACAACGACUACAUCGAGAAAUAGAUGAAAAUGACGAUGCUGCACGGCCAAUCCACGCGCAAAUCCAUAAACACUAUAUAAACAAAAAAAAAAAAAACAACAAAAAGAAAGCAAAAAAACCAAAACAACGCCCCAAAUUUAUAUCUUACUAAUGCUCGGGCUGCGCUGUCGCAGGGUUCAAUAUGUACAGUAAUAUUGACUAGCAGGUGGCAGAACACAUAACGUAUUUUCACCUAAUCAUUCAAUGGCCCGCUUCGCUUUUUUCUUAUCUUUUAUAUAUAUAUAUAUAUUUGUUUUUUUUUUGUUUUUUUUCCUCCCUACAAAUUACGUACUUGUAGAUAUUGACAAAAUGUAAUGUAACAAUCAAUCAAAUGAAAUUUAAGUUGAGAACAUGACAGAACAUAUACGCUUGAUAUAAGUAUGUUUUAUAUAAAUAGUAACAUUUAUGUAAUUUGUAUUAUAGAAAGAAACGAAAUCUUUUACAAAUACAAAAUACGAUCCUUAUAAUCUG